GUGGCUGUCUGGCCGCGGGGCGUUGCCACGGCAGCGGGUGAGUGACAGGUGGCGGAAGCGGCGCCAUGGGCGGCUCGGCCAGUCUGCUGCCGCGGGACGCGCUGGGCGAGUACCAGGAGCUGACGUUCCUGAGCAAGCAGGAGAUCCUGCUUGCCUACAAGAGGUUCAGUGAACUGCUGCCAAAGCAGGAGCGGGAGAACGCCUGCUCCGCGCGGGUUCCCAAGAGCCACCUCCUGACGCUGCCUGAGCUGCGGGCAAACCCCUUCCAGCACCGGAUCUGCCAUGUGUUCUCCACCUCGGAGGCCGGGGACAACAGCAUGUCCUUUGAAGACUUCCUUGCCAUGCUCUCUGUGGCCCUGCCAAAAGGUACCUUUCCUGUCCCCACAGACUUUGACGACGAUGGGACUCUGGACAGGAGGGACCUGGAGCAACUGGUGAACUGCCUGACGGGGCAGGGCGAGGAGUCCCGGCUGAGCAGGGCGGAGAUGGAGCAGCUCAUCCAAAACAUCCUGGAGGAGUCUGACAUCGACAAGGACGGCACCAUCAACCUCUCCGAGUUCCAGCAUGUCGUCUCCCGCUCCCCAGACUUUGCCAGCUCCUUCAAGAUCGUCAUGUGAGCCCCAUGUCUCACCAGCACCACUCCUCCAGUUCCUCCAGAACCACUUGUCCAGUUCCUCCAGCAUCAUUCCUCCAGUUUCUCCACCACUCCUCCAGUUC